GUUGAAACUGCUGAAUACCGAGUGCCAAUCGGCACAGCCAUUUUUUUAACUACACAUCUUUUUUGAUACCCGAACAGAAAGGCAACCAAUUUGUGCGGAAAAAAGACCUUUUAAAAAAACUGAACACUUUAAAGAAAAUUAAUCUUGUAAAAACCUUAAAGCUGAAUUAUAACCAAUAAGUACAUUGAACGCAAAUAAACGCGAAUUCCUGAAUUAAACAAACAUAAAAUAAGGAGUGUUUUAUUCCGACGUGCAUAAGUGAAUACUUUAGCAGGAUCCCCGCCGGCGAACAACCAACCCAGCCGAUUCCCUGCCAAGAAGCCCCACCGCAUAGUCGUAGACCACCAACUCCUGGGAAAGAGCAAAGCAGCCGUCGCCAGUUUGGUCCUUCGUCGCCCGUCUAGGAAUCAGUGAAGCGAGAAGCUCAAGUAGUCUCAUACAAAAUAAGUACAAGUACCCAUAUAAAUCAUGGACCGACAAAGCACUCCUGUUCCUGCACCACGCAAGUCAUUGUCGUCGCGGGUCGUGAUACCACCAACCGAUGUUCCUCACGAAGGACAGCGGAAAGCAGACACCCAAACCGACUAUCGAAGGUGCCGUCUGUGCAUGCGAUACCAUUCCCUGUUGACGUGCCCGGUGUUCACGGCUAUGCAGCCUCAACAACGCUUCCUACUGGCCAGAGCGCACAAUUAUUGCACCAAUUGUUUGGCGCUAUCGCACCAUACAAGCGAAUGCACCUCCACAGUGCAAUGUCGUGUCUGUGGCCUCCACCACCACACAUUCCUCCAUCGUAACAGUGGCCACCAGGCAGCGCACUCCGCAGCACCUAACGCAGCAUCCAACCGCCACCAAUCGAAGAAAAAGGCACGCGCGCAACGGCCCCGUCCACCUCGCAAUGUCAACACCACACGCACUCGACACCGUUCGUCUACCCCCGCAGCAACUAACAGCCCACCAGUACACCGCCGCAACCUAGUGGCAUCCGGAGUUGAGGACCGCACUAUACGACGCACAGCAACAGGUUUGCGCACUGCAAACUACCGGGGCAAAGUCAGCCAGCUCCUGGUGCAGCAAGCGCUGCGCGCUUUACAAGAACUACAGGAGACACUAGGCGAUUAGUUCGCCUAGGGGGGCAGAAUGUCUACGCGAGAUCAGCAACCACACGUUCCAACCUAUAAUUAAGAAAAAGGUUUAUUUAAUUGAAUCUAUUGUAUUUAUCUAUUGAAUUCUUAUACUCACCAAUAUGUGUUCAAGUUGCAAUAUGUAUUCAGCUGUUCGAAGAAGAAAUGUAAACAAAGCGCAAAGGGUUGCCGUGGUUGGACGUAUGGAUGCUCAAA